AUAAGCGAGCGAGCGUUGAGAAGAAUAAAGUAUCAAAGUGCAUUUCAAACAAGUAUCAGUUUCUCACUGCCUUUAAGAUAACGCAAUACAUACAUGGAAAACGUGUUCAAAAAACUUCCUCCAAGUCAUCCAACAAAAAUGUGUCACAUCGCAAACACUUCCCCAAACCGAAACCGCCUUUCCGAACCAGAGCCGCCCCGAUCUGGUCACUUCCGGAUGCGUGCUGUCAUGCAUUACGCCACACGAGCUACUAGCGCAGUCGAAUUAACCCACUGAACACUCACCGACCGGAUGUGGAAUCGGUACGGGUCGGUGCAGCAAACAAGCCAGCAAACGGAAGCAGAACGAACAGUGGUGCAAAGUGUGCAGUGUAAAAGAUGCGAAAGAGCCAGAACAGCCUAUCGCCGAUUGCGAUCCUACCGAAUACACCGCCACCGGCGCGAAUCUUCGCCCAACCGGAAACACCAACCACCCCCCUAACGGAUGGCACUCUUUCACCAACCACCGACCCGUCGUGUGGGGCACCGGUGGUGGUGGAACUGCCGACCCCACUCGCCCGACCGUCCUCAAUUCGCAGUGCUUCCGGUUCCGGGCCGCAGUUGCGCUUCAGCAACCUGCUCGAUCCGGGUGACAUUACGCCCAUCACCUCACCGCUGCCAAGCGUCACGUCCGGUCUGGCGGAUGGAUCGAUCUACACGAUCUUUGGUGCGGAAAGUGCGACCAAUCCGACCGGUAACCGGCGCCGUAGCUCGCUGUUCCUGUCCAACAGUGCCAGCAAUGGUAGUGCCACCAGUGCCACUCCGGCAUCGGCGGGCGGUUUACUGCCAACGGUCACGAACGGAUCGGUUGUGAACUGUAGCAGUAUUAGCACGAGCCUCAGCCAGCCCCCGGGGGCUACCAGUGUCAGUGCCUCGAAUGCCAACAGUGCCAGCGGGAAGUCACGCUCCCGUCGUUCAUCGGAGCUGUCGCAGCAGAACUCGAUGAAGUCGCAUGCGUCCGUCAGUAGCAGCUCGCGCAAACGUAGCUCGCAGGCUCACAUCGAGCUGAAUGGGCCACCGAUACGCGAUCGACCACGAUGUCUCAAAUCUUCGUUCUUGCGCCGCAAAUGCAAAGAGUAUGCAGAUGAUGACGAUGCUACCACAUCAGGUAUAACGCUGGAUGACUCCGAUAAACGCGUGAUACGGCUGAAUGAACCACAAUUUCAAAAGUACUGUAACAAUCAUAUCUCAACCGCUAAAUAUAGUGUUCUUAGUUUUCUGCCUUCGUUCCUGUUCGAGCAGUUCCGGCGUUACUCGAAUUGCUUUUUUCUGUUAAUUGCACUGUUGCAACAGAUACCGGACGUUUCGCCGACCGGUCGCUACACAACGCUUGUGCCACUUAUGUUCAUCCUCGCAGUGAGCGCAAUCAAGGAAAUCGUCGAAGACAUCAAGCGACAUCGAGCAGACGAUGAGAUAAACCACCGCUUGAUCGAGGUACUGCAAAAUGGCCAGUGGCAUACGAUCAAGUGGCAGGAGCUGUCGGUCGGGGAUAUCGUUAAGGUGCUUAACAACACCUUCUUCCCUGCCGACCUGGUGCUCCUGUCGUCCAGCGAACCGCAGGGCAUGUCCUUCAUCGAGACAUCCAACCUAGACGGUGAAACGAACCUGAAGAUUCGGCAGGGCGUUCCGACGACGAGCAAGAUACUGGAGACGAAGGACUUCAACCAGUUUCGCGGUACGCUCGAAAGUGAACCACCGAAUCGGCAUCUGUACGAGUUCAAUGGCGUGCUGAAGGAACACGAAAAACAAGCGGUAGCACUUGGGCCGGAUCAGCUGUUACUGCGAGGUGCCAUGCUACGUAAUACCGCCUGGAUAUUCGGAAUCGUUAUCUACACCGGUCACGAUACGAAACUUAUGCGAAACUCUACCUCAGCGCCUUUGAAGCGCUCAACCGUUGACAGACUGACAAACACGCAAAUUCUAAUGUUAUUUUUCAUUCUGAUCAUUCUGUGUAUCGUGAGUUGCAUUUUCAACCAAAUUUGGACGAACGAUCAUUUUAAAAAGGACUGGUACUUAGGCAUCGGCAAUCUUUUGAACAAAAACUUCGCCUACAAUCUGCUUACGUUUAUUAUUUUGUACAACAAUUUAAUUCCAAUAUCGCUACAAGUUACGUUAGAGCUGGUUCGAUUUCUACAGGCAAUCUUCAUCAACAUGGACAUCGAUAUGUACCACGAAGAAUCGGACACGCCGGCAAUGGCGCGUACUUCAAACCUUAACGAGGAGCUUGGAAUGGUGAAAUACGUGUUCUCCGAUAAAACCGGCACACUGACACGGAACGUGAUGGAGUUCAAAAAGUGCAGUGUGGCAGGCGCGAUGUACAUGGUCGAGGAAACGCCGGCCCAGUCCCGUUUAGUACAGAAUAUCCUCAAUAACCAUCGAACGGCACCUACUUUACGCGAAUUCCUAACACUGAUGGCAAUUUGUCACACAGUAAUACCGGAAAAACAGCCUGGUGACAGUAUGAAUGAUAUUCAGUAUCACGCUGCAAGCCCGGACGAACGGGCCCUGGUUUAUGGUGCUAAAAAGUUCGGUUACGUGUUUUACACCCGCACGCCAACGUACGUCGAGAUCGAAGCUCUGGGUGUGCAGGAACGGUUCGAGAUACUUAAUGUGCUGGAAUUCACAUCCACCCGUAAACGGAUGUCGGUAAUUGCCCGCAACUCCAAAAGCGAAAUCAAACUGUAUUGCAAAGGUGCAGAUACUGUGAUUUACGAGCGAUUAGCACCGGACGGUGUAGCAUAUCGUGAGUCAACUUUGAGCCACCUGGAGGAGUUUGCCACCGAGGGUCUGCGAACGCUAUGUUGUGCGGUAUCCGACAUUCCGGACGAUGUGUAUGAAGACUGGAAGCACACCUAUCAUAAAGCGUCGACAUCUUUACAGUAUCGGGAGCAAAAAGUAGAAGAUGCAGCUAAUCUGAUUGAAACGAAUCUACGACUCUUGGGGGCUACAGCGAUCGAGGAUAAGCUACAGGAUGGUGUGCCAGAAACGAUCGCUUCGUUGCUCGAGGCAAAAAUCAAUGUGUGGGUGUUAACCGGAGACAAGCAAGAAACGGCCAUCAACAUCGGUUACUCCUGUCAGCUGCUGUCCCAUUCGAUGGAUUUGAUUUUGUUAAAUCAGGAUUGUUUGGAUAACACGCGUAGCUGCAUACUGGAGCACACUAGCAAUGGUCGAUUUGAUAAUAUGGGCCGUAAAGAUGCCGCACUGAUAGUGGAUGGCAAGACGCUUAAGUACGCACUGAGCUGUGAUUUACGGCGCGACUUUCUGGAUCUAUGCAUCACGUGUAAGGUCGUGAUUUGUUGUCGUGUGUCACCAAUUCAGAAAGCAGAAGUAGUGGAGCUUGUGACGACCAACACAAAAUCGGUAACAUUGGCUAUCGGUGACGGUGCUAACGAUGUGGCAAUGAUACAGAAAGCAAACGUCGGUGUCGGUAUUUCGGGUGUGGAAGGUUUGCAAGCGGCCUGUGCGUCCGAUUAUUCGAUUGCGCAGUUCAGUUAUCUUCGUAAGUUAUUAUUGGUGCAUGGAGCCUGGAAUUACAGUCGGAUGUGCAAACUAAUUCUGUACAGCUUUUACAAAAACAUCUGCCUAUACGUGAUAGAGCUGUGGUUUGCUAUGUACUCCGGAUGGUCCGGUCAAAUAUUGUUCGAACGAUGGACAAUCGGCUUAUACAACGUGUUUUUUACUGCGCUACCACCUUUUGCUAUGGGGCUGUUCGAUAAAGUAACAUCGGCGGAACAGAUGUUAAAAGAACCAAGACUUUAUGCACCGUCGCAAAAUGCCAAACUAUUUAAUGUAAAAGUAUUUUGGCGCUGUAUUGUUAAUGCAUUGUGUCAUUCAAUGAUACUGUUUUGGUUGUCGUACAAGAUCUACGAGAAGGAUGUGAUUUGGAAAAACGGCCGAGACGGUGGCUAUUUAGUGUUAGGCAACAUAGUUUACACGUACGUAGUCGUGACGGUGUGUUUGAAGGCCGGUCUUUUAACUAACUCUUGGACCUGGCUGACACAUUGUUCCAUCUGGGGUUCGAUACUGCUUUGGUUUAUAUUUAUAUUCAUUUACAGCAACAUCUGGCCAGCAUUACCAGUAGGCGCGGUGUUCACAGGCAUGGACGACAUGGUCUUCACGACGCCAGUGUUUUGGGGUGGUCUGUUACUUAUACCAAUUUCCGCGCUACUCUUUGAUAUUGCUUGGAAAGCGUUUAGAAACUCUCGAAAGGAUAACAUUCUAACACCACCAAUGAAGGAAUCCAGAUCUUCAAGCUUGUCGAAGAUUCUCUCCUGGCGUAGACGUAACUCCGUGGCGCCGCUUGCGGCUUGGCAUCAGAACAGUAUUAGCAUAACCGAGCUGCACAUGUAGAUAUAUUAAAACUUUGCCCAACGAGUACAUGUUAUUCCACAAGUCUUUAUUAUUGAUGUCCCAAAAUUAACACGAAUUUUGAAUUGACGGCCAUUAUUGCAUAACAAUAGCCCACCCACCUUAAAACACGAAUAUGGGAGUUCAUGGUUAGUAGAAGUGAGCAUUAUUUGUUUUUUUGACUGAAUAGAAUGGCUAGAAUUAAAGUAUCCUAAACAAUGAAAUAAUUGUAAACAGCUGAAGUCACAAAACACAUUUGUCGUCCAAAAACAUACAGUUUAAAUGUUUAAAGUGUGACAGAGUUUAGUAGUGUUUGUGAAAAUACGGAAAAUCGGUUGAAAAAUUGUUUUUAUUUUUAAAUAAGGAGUUAUCAAGCAGUAACUCCCACUGGUGAUCGAUAUUGCAACAUGUUAACAACGUUUUUUUUCUGUCUAAUUUGGAUCAUAUGGUUUACUUCAUCCGUAUUAGUAUUCUUCCUAAUAUUCCAAGUAAUAAAUCUUUAAUACACAUUAACACAGUCAUAGGGACAAGGAAAAUGGAACAGUGAUUAUCAACAUCAACAACAUAAAGCAACAAUUAUGCGGAAAACGGGUGAGAUAUUUAAGCGCCUCACGGGUGUGUAUGGUCAGUAAAGCCGCAAAAAAACAUUUGUCUGACAUGAUUUUUAUUAAAGAACGCAUGCCGGCGAACUUUACGAUUUAAUUAGAAAUAGCUAUGUAUAGAUUCAUAACUAUGAUAAAGAAUGGCGUUAAUUUUGGGACACCCUUUUUGUAGCUAGGGGAAGAGUAGUUAGAGGAGGUGUAAGGCAAAAAUAUUGUGAUACGUAUAUAUUUUAACAUAUACAGGUGUAAUGCAAGAAUUCUAUUUUUCCUUGUGAACUGUUAAUUUCAUCACACAUUGAAUAACUAAUCUUAUCGGUCGUAGAAAUAGAAACAUUAUAAUGAAUGGUGGACCGAAAUAAAACAAAACACGCGCAACAUUUUCGGAAGCGAUGAAGUAAUAUUACACUGCAAUCCGUCCGUUGGCAGUAAAACUGCUUUUCUAUUAUUAAUUCUGGUUAACAUACCCCAAUAGCUAGAGCUAUAUUUUCAGUUCCUUAAACCUCCGUAUCCGUAUUUAUGUGUCAUACUCUUCAUUUACUAGUUACCUAGCCACCCGAUCUCGUAACUCCCACAUACUUACUAAAUGGCUUUCUCCCUUUUUUCUCACAAACUGCGCACGUUUUAGAGCGCACCGUCUUGCUACAAAUAUACUAUUUAUUGUCUGCUACUAAAACACCCUUUCUCAGUCUAGAUAACGCUAGAAAAGUGAGCAGAAGAUGGUAUUAAAUAUAAUGAUAGUAAGUAGGAUAUUUAGGAUUACUGUAUCUUUAAGGUAAACUUAAAAGUAAAAUGGCAGAUAAUGAAGUGCAAUAAGGAUAGUUCAUAAUUAUGUAUAAUGUGUUAAGCAACAGUUUCAAGGUAUACUAGUUAGACACGAAGGAAAAACGAAGAAACAAACUAAAGCCCAUUAUAAAUGCAAUGGAAAACUUAAAUGCCCUGGAAAAAAGGCAAUCGGCAUAAAAAUAGCAGCCUACCUCAUGCGCUUUAAUUGUAUUACCUAUCUGUGUUAUGUAUGUGUGCUAUCUAAUGAAAUCAAGCGGUGUGAGCGUAUGUGUGUCCUGUGCUCAUAAAACAAAUGUUUCGUCUUUUCUGUCGGUUUGGUAUACCGUCUUCAAAUACUCUGGUUGUUUGGCUAAUAGAAUGAAAAAGCUGUAAGGUUUUUUGACAUGCAACGUUGCGUGUAGCUUAUGGUUAAUGGUGUUUUAUGUUUUAUUAAAUCAAUGGGUAAUACAUAUUAAUUGUAUUUUUAAAAAACGCCCAUUAAAUGUUUACAAAAAAAAUCACUUGACGCUUCUGUACAUGUACUCGUUCUAUUGCGACAACGCGUUAAUUUUUGGUGCUGGUGAUACUCUUCUGCCGCUGUUUACGGAUGAUUGUGUUCCUUUAAAGCACUGUGGUUAAUCGAUUGAAACGUAUGUGUAUAUUAUCAUCAAUUGUCAAUCUUCGCCAGCCUCAGCUAAAUGCUAUUCACUACACUUUACGCCGCUUAUUCUUCAGCAUCGUGCUGUAAUCUUUGCAAAUAUGCUGAUAACUCUACUGUCAAUGUGCUGCUGUCAAGUUUAUACUGUGUCCUGCCAUUCAUGCAGUGGCAGUAAUGCUCUGCUAUAAAAGAUCAGCCGAAAUGGCAUUAUGUUUUUACGUUUUAUCUAUCCCCACAUUUACCAACACGAACAUGUCAUAUAUCACCAACCCGUGUGGUGCAACAUUCCUUCCUUCAGUGAGACCGAAGCCUACCAUAUGGUGUCGCCCAGAAGCCGUGGACACGAGCGGUAUGAAGAACUGGCAUAGUGUAAGCUUCCAGAUCCUUCGAGCGAGCUCCAUCCCCUGUAAUACUUGUGGAUGAACAGGGCAGUAGUAUUAUAUGUUAAUUUACUAUUAUUUACAGUCCUACGUAAACUCAUAACACACAUGCUUAACACAGGCAGGUUUUGUUGAAAAUGUGCAUUUGUUCUUAAUAAAACACAAAAUGAAGGAAUUUGUUGCAUUUGUUCUUAAUAAAACACCAAAUGAAGGAAUUAUUGUAGUUAGAAUUCAAAUAGCAAAAGAAAUAAAGGAAAGGAACCCUAAUUGUACUUAAAAAGAGCAUCAGCAAUUCAUUGAUCAAAUAAAUUGAUCUUUUGUAAAGAUAACGCAAUACACAUUAUUUGUUUUUAAAACAUAUUAAACUUGAAAUGAGUGACAAAAUAAAACAAUAAUACAUUUCUUGGCCGGGUUAAUUUAGUUUAGGGGUUUUAAACAAUAAACCCUACGAAAGCUACUGUUAGCGUUAGGAAAAUUUCCUCAAAGGAAAGCGGAUUAGUAUUAAGCUAUUAGAAAUGUUAGAUAACGAUAUGGUGCUACAUAAUGGAAGUAAAGAAUAAUUUGUAACACAUGGCA